AUGGUUCGUUUGUCGUUAUUCCUUGUUCAAAUUGGUUUGGGUUUGCUCAUGGUUCCCGACGGUCCUCAGCCUACGACUGAACAAGUUGAAGAAACCAUGGAGAAAUAUUGUGAACAAGGUGACAAGAAAAUUGAGGAAAUCAACAAGCGCUUGAGGACGGGCCAGAGAAAACCAAUAUCCACUAGUGAGAAUAUUGAGAAAGGAGAGCACUGGGAUCAUGACACUAGUUGCUCGGAUGAUGAGGAUGUUGGUGAUACUGAAAGCUAUCAUGUUCCAAGUGCAAUGAGGGAUUUUCUAGAUAUAGAUAGCGAGGCAUUCCUUAGCAAUUCAGGUAGAGACAUGAAGAACAUUCUUAACAAGGUCAAGGAAUCUGAGAAAAAAGUCCAGGUAACUUAUCUCUGCUCUGGUUUGUUUGAUGAGAUAAGUUCAGAGUCUUUCUUAUUCGAGAAAAGGUUUAUCUAAGAGCUAUGUGUGGGAGUUGAAGAAUUCUGUUUACUACUUGUUUUGUUUCCUUGUGUUGGUUUAAUCUAGAACAACUUUGCUU